CCUUCUGCUGGACCGAGACUGAAUCUGUUCCGAAUAAAAAAAAAUUGAAUCCACCUGAUAGGGGAAAGCGUACAUUUUGGAUUCGUAGCACUUUACCAGUUAUUUAAUUUAUCUAGAACUAUGAGCGUAUUUCCCGAGAAGAGUCAACUCACCCUCAUCUCAAUCGCAGAGACAGCGAAAUUUUAUACGUCACUGUGUCUCGGAACCACCGCUUUCUUAUCGGUUUUCGCGUUCCUUUUUUUAAUACCGUUCGUCGUUGAUCCAGCAAUAUCUAGCCUGAUGGCCGACUAUGAACCGGAACCCGUAACAUGUAUAGCUACCCAACACAUAUACGCAGAAGGUAUCUCGAAUUGUUCCUGGGCAUCCUGUAGGGAAGGUUGUACACGUGAAGCAACCAGGUGCCACCAGAUCUACGUCAAUUACUCCAAAUUGCCCUUCAAAGACUACAGACCAUCCAUGGUAAUGCACUGGGAUGUUGCCGAUACGCGUUUCUUGAUAAAUACCGAGGGGUGUGGUUAUCCACCAUCGGUGAAUUGUUCCGAAUUCGCUCGCCAGUAUGGAUAUGCGACAGCAGGGACUCCAUUUCCGUGCUACUACAGCAGAGUUUAUCCUGAGAUUCAGGUGGUUGCUAGAUAUUCUUGGGACGACACCCUUCGGCAUUUGGUGCUCUCUAUCACCAUUCCGAAUUUGCUAUUCGCCGCUUCUAUUGGAGUUUUAAGCUACUGGUAUUGCCCAGGAUGUGGCAGGUCCUGUCAGAAGUACAUGCAUCAUUUUCCCACAGAAAGUUUACAGCUUUUGUGGAUGUGCGUCUCUGCGUCGUCAUUCUUUAAUUCCAAUGUGUGGUUUUUUUUAGAGAGGAAGACUUCGAUGAAAACACCUACUAGCACCGAAAAUUUUACUAACAUAUGAAUAUUUUCACCCACGCUAAGCUUUCUCAUCUAUUUUCUUCGAAGACAUUUUAUAAAAAUAUUAUAUCACCUAUUUUUUUCACUGAAAGUAAUAAAUAGUAGUUAACGUAAGUCAUAUUUAAAACUGGCUUCUGAUAUUCAUUAAUAUUCAAUCUAAUGUAACAUAAUAAAUUCUAGUACAAACAAUUGUGAACAGUGUUUAUCAAAAAUUUAUCAUUCACGUUGUACUGUUAUUAUCAAUUAAAAUACGUACCUAAUAAUUAUUGUAUAUAAAAUUAAUAUUGUUACAACGUUUUGAAACGAAUUGCCCAAUAUAGUUGCAGUUUUUCUUU